AUGUCGAAUAACACAGCUCCAGAUAGUUGGGAAUCUCAAGCCGACUCUACGUCAACAAAUAAUUCUCCUGAACAUAAUGCAGAUGUGACAUCUCAAUUUUCCACGUUGAACGUUAAUGCUGUUGAAUUUGUGCCUUCAUUUUCAUUCGGAAAAACUCCUGAUGUCGAUGAGAAGUCAUCACCAACAAAUUCACAAGGAUCAAACAAUUCACCCAAACAUGAUUCUCCUUCUUUACCAAAUGGUACCGCCGCCGAAUCCUCCGCCGAGCGCGUCGAGCCGAAAGAACCGCCGCCCGUGCCGCCCGCGGACGGGGACGCGGCCUCCCCCGGAGGAGGCGGGGGAGGCGGGCGCACGUGGGAGGACGCCGCCGACGACGACAGCAGCAGCGCGUCGGCCGCCUCCGCUUCCGUCCCGCCCGUCGCCACGACGCCUGAGGGGGACGACGACGACGACGACGAGCCCUCCUCCGAGGAGGCCCCUAUCAAAAUCAAAAAGAAAGUCCCUCUGACAGAAAAAGUAGUAGAAGAAAAGAAGGAGCACGUCAAUGUGGUGUUCAUCGGUCACGUGGACGCUGGGAAGAGCACCAUCGGCGGGCAGAUAAUGGCGCUCACCGGCAUGGUGGACAAGCGGACGCUGGAGAAGUACGAGCGCGAGGCGCGAGAGAAGAGCAGAGAGAGCUGGUAUCUGAGCUGGGCCUUGGAUACCAACCAGGAAGAAAGGGACAAGGGUAAGACGGUCGAAGUGGGCCGCGCCUUCUUCGAGACGGACAAGAAGCACUUCACCAUCUUGGACGCGCCCGGUCACAAGAGCUUCGUGCCGAACAUGAUAGGGGGUGCCGCCCAAGCUGAUCUCGCCGUGCUGGUCAUCUCGGCCAGGAAAGGGGAGUUCGAGACUGGGUUCGAUAGGGGCGGGCAAACGCGCGAGCACGCCAUGUUGGCGAAAACGGCGGGGGUGAAGUAUUUGGUGGUGUUGGUGAACAAGAUGGACGAUCCGACGGUGAAUUGGGACGAGGCUAGAUACAACGAAUGUAAAGAAAAAAUCUUACCGUAUUUAAAAAAAUUAGGCUUCAUUUAUAACAAAGAUCUGUACUUCCUGCCGUGUUCGGGUCAGACGGGCCAAGGACUGAAAGACCAACUGGAGGAGAAACUUUGCCCUUGGUACAGAGGACAGGCGUUCAUCCCUUUCAUCGACAAUUUACCGUCGAUCAGUAGGAAAAACGACGGGCCCUUCAUAAUGCCCAUCGUGGACAAAUACAAAGACAUGGGCACAGUGCUCAUGGGCAAAGUGGAAUCGGGAGAGUGCAAAAAAGGACAAGUAAUGCUCAUUAUGCCAAAUAGGACACCUGUCACAGUCGAUAUGUUACUUUCCGACGAUGACGAGGUCAACCGAGUGGUUUCCGGAGAGAACGUCAAGAUCAAAGUGAAAGGAGUGGAAGAGGAGGACGUCAGUCCCGGUUUCGUGCUGUGCGAUUCCGUCAAUCCCAUCCACACCGGCAGGAUUUUCGAUGCGCAGCUGGUCAUCCUCGAACACAAGUCGAUCAUCUGCGCGGGAUACAGCGCGGUGAUGCACAUCCAUUGCGCGGCCGAGGAGGUCACCGUUAAAGUAAGUGAAUAUUGUAUUUGAGAGAGAGAGAG